GGGCCUAGUGACACUCAGAGUAGAGGUUUAAUAGGUGGCAGUACACACCGUUAACUGUGUUUGCGACUCUUCAGCCAACACAGAGUAGAAGAAGAAGAACAAGAACAAGAUGGCGGAACGAGGCUACAGUUUCUCUCUCACCACAUUUAGCCCUUCGGGUAAACUGGUCCAGAUUGAAUAUGCCCUGGCAGCUGUAGCAGCCGGAGCUCCCUCAGUUGGCAUCAAAGCUUCCAAUGGCGUUGUCCUGGCAACAGAGAAGAAACAAAAGUCCAUUCUGUACGAUGAGCAGAGUGUCCACAAAGUGGAGCCCAUCACUAAACACAUAGGCAUGGUCUACAGCGGCAUGGGGCCUGACUACAGGGUUUUAGUGCGACGAGCCCGGAAGUUGGCACAACAGUACUUCCUGGUUUACCAGGAGCCAAUCCCCACAGGCCAGCUUGUGCAGAGAGUGGCCUCUGUAAUGCAGGAGUACACGCAGUCUGGUGGAGUGCGUCCGUUUGGCGUUUCAUUGCUGAUAGCUGGAUGGGAUGAAGACCACCCCUACCUGUUCCAGUCAGACCCCUCUGGUGCAUAUUUUGCAUGGAAAGCCACAGCCAUGGGAAAGAACUACGUUAAUGGAAAAACAUUCCUUGAAAAAAGGUAUAACAAUGAUCUGGAAUUGGAAGAUGCCAUCCACACAGCCAUCUUGACAUUGAAGGAGAGCUUUGAGGGUCAGAUGACAGAGGAGAACAUUGAGGUGGGGAUCUGCAACGAGGCUGGCUUCAAAAGACUCACCCCAGCGGAGGUGAAAGACUACCUGGCAGCCAUUGCGUGAACACACCCUCCCUGGUGACGGGGCUUUCAGGCCACAUUUCAAAACAAAGACAUAACAGCACAGUAGCCAACAGUCGCAUGAUACAUUUUUGUAAACCACAGUCAUUCAGAUAGUUUGGCCACAUUGUGUCAUAGCCGAACUGUUUCGACCCUGAAAACAGGAGAGGAUGCCCGCCAUUACUUCACUAUAUUCAUGAUUAUUAAGAUGAGCUGGCAGAAUCAGACAGCCUGUUUUUGAGAUUAUGCCCAGAUCUAUUUACUUAAAGUGACAGCCUUUGUGUGUGUGCAGCUAAUGUGGCUGCCACGCUAAACUGCAUUGAUUAAACUCAAUCCGUGGCUGUGAGAUGGCAAACUCACGUUAUCACAUAACUAAUUGGCUUUGUUGUCAAACACACACCCAAUGUGGCGGUUGGCUGCUGUGCAUAUGAAUCGGAAUGUGGGCUGUGAUGAGUGAAAUCUCAAAUCUUCCAUUGAAUCCUUACAUUUUCUUAUUUCUCAUUACUGUUGCAAAGGCAAUGUUAUCGGUUUACAAAUCAGGCACGGUUUCUUUAUGCGUCAAAAUUCAAUUGCUUGUAACCAUUGUGACAAAUGGCCUCUUGUUGCACAAAAAGCAAAAAUUUAAAAUGGUAACAAGGCUAGCAGUCAUUAGAGACUAGAAAGAGCUUUGGUCUCUGAGGGUGACUUAUUCAUCCUGAACAUUGACAUUUUUCCCAUUAAUCUCCUGACUGCACCGCAUUAGUAUCCCUCAGGAAUGAGGAUCCCUCAUGAAGGAGGAUCCACAAGUAGGGAGGAUGCAAUGGAAAGUUUUGAGAUUUUACAGGAUGUUUCAGGAUCUAGUUGCCUGUACAGCAGUUUUACACAAUGUUUUUUUUUUUUUUUUUCUCAGGCUAGAAACAAUUCUAGAGUUUGUAUUUUCUCAUCUGGUAUCUGUCACUUAUUCCAAUAAAAGAUGAUGAGUUGA